GAAAAGUUUUUAAAAAUAAAUAAAUAUUUGCUUCAAUAUCGGCCAUCGUCUCGUCUUCCUUCUUCUUCCUCUGUUCAUCUCCUGCUCAUCGUCUCCUCUUCUCAUCAUCCAUGGCCGUUACCCUUGAAGUGACUCCGACGAGAAAACGGCGUCCUUUGGUCGUCGGACAUCUCGAUUCCCCGAACAUAUCAGAUACGAAACUGUUCCGAUCACUGUUCUUCGCAUCGCAAGAGCUUUCUCAUAUGCAACCUCUCAGAUUCAUCCUUAGACGAAAUUCUCAAUCCAUCAUACGCAAGGUGAAGGUACUAGCCGCCGUUUUCGAUGAGCUUCUUCGAUCGCACAUGGUUUACUCGCAAUCCGCUCAGCUCUGUUUCGAGGAGAUGAACAUAGUGAUGCAACGUAUGAAGACUUUGAUCGAAGACUGCACAAGGUCAAGCAAACUAUGGCUACUCUUACAGAUCGAAAACGUUUCCUUCAGUUUCCACGAGCUCGUCGCCGAUCUAUCCACCGUUCUCGAUAUUUUACCGGUCAACGACUUCAACCUCAGUGAAGACGCCGAAGAUCUCAUCCUUCUUUUAAAGAAGCAAUGCUCUGAUUCGAUCCAGUUCGUUGAUCCUCGCGACGAUGAUCUCCGUCGUAAAGUGACGGAUACAAUCGACGGGAUCAAGCACCAGAUCGUUCCAGAUCAAUCGAAGCUGAUCGGGAUCUUCAACGAUCUAGGUCUUCUGGAUUCCGCUAGCUUGAUAGAAGAGAUUCAGAGACUGGAGGAUGAGACUCACGAUCAGAUCGACGAGAGAUCAAGAAUCGCAGCCGCUUCCCUCAUCGGACUUGUGCGUUACGCAAACUGCGUUUUGUACGGUCCUUCGACGCCGUCGCCUCACCCUGACUUCCGCCGCCAUAAGUCGUUGUCGGAAGCGAAUAUCCCGGCGGACUUCCGGUGUCCGAUCACGUUGGAGCUUAUGCGUGACCCGGUGGUGGUGUCUAUGGGGCAAACGUACGAUCGAGAAUCCAUCGAUCUUUGGAUCAAAUCAGGGCACAACACUUGCCCUAAAACAGGGCAAGUUCUCAAGCAUACUAACCUCAUACCAAACAGUGCGUUAAAGAACUUGAUUGUGAUGUGGUGUCGCGAUCAGAAGAUACCGUUUGAGAUUUACGGAGACGGCGGUGUUGGAUCUUCUACGCCGUGCACGGAGGCGGUGGAGUUUACUAGGAUGAUGGUUUCGUUUCUGAUCGAUAAGCUAAUUAGUGUGGCAGAGCCUAACGCUGUCGUUUUUGAGCUCCGAGCUCUGGCUAAGUCAGACUCGGUGGCUCGAGCUUGUAUAGCUGAGGCCGGAGCCAUACCGAAGCUGGUACGUUAUCUAGGCUCGGACUCUCCAAGCCUACAGAUAAACGCAGUGACGGCGAUCCUCAACCUCUCGAUAUUAGAACAGAACAAAACAAGGAUCAUGGAAACUGACGGAGCUUUAAACGGCGUCAUCGAGGUUCUGCGUUCGGGUGCCACGUGGGAGGCUAAGGCAAACGCCGCCGCGACUUUGUUCAGUUUGGCGAGCAUCUCGACUUACAAAAGAAGACUUGGGAGAAAAGUGCGUGUGGUGAGCGGAUUGGUCGACCUAGCGAAACAGGGUCCCACGAGCUCUAAAAGAGACGCAUUCGUGGCGAUCCUUAACCUGGCGGCGGAGAGGGAGAACGUGGGGAGAUUCGUCGAAGCGGGGGUAGUACAAGCCGCGGGAGAUGCAUUCCGGGAGCUGCCCGAGGAGGCAGUGUCGGUUGUUGAGGCGAUUGUGAGGAAAGGAGGACUCAUGGCAGUAUCCGCGGCGUUCGGGUUGAUACGGCAAUUGGGUGAGAUGAUGAGGGAAGGAGGGGAUACGACAAAGGAGAGCGCGGCAGCCACGCUGGUGACAAUGUGCCGGAAAGGAGGUUCGGAGCUAGUGGCGGAGAUGGCGACAAUUCCAGGGAUUGAAAGGGUUAUAUGGGAGAUGAUAGGGACGGGAACGGCGAGGGGAGGGAGGAAAGCAGCGUCGUUGAUGAGGUAUUUAAGGCGAUGGGCCGCCGGAGAUACAUAUGAGACGGCAGCAACAGAAACACAGAGCAUCGUUGUGCCAACACCAAGUAGAAUUUUUAAUCCCGUUUUAUGAUUUUCUUCUUUGUAAAGUUUAAAGGUUUUUUUGUGUGUUUCCUUUAUAAUUUCGAAAAUGAUUCUUUUACAAAUAUUAAGUUGUAACUGUAAAUACAAUUCGAGAACAAUAAACAAAAGAUUUGCUCUUCUUGUUUUUUUCUUUCACGGUCCAAAAAAUGCUGCUAGUAUGUACUUAUUGUUAUCUCUCAGACAUAAAUG